AUCUGGAGGCUGCUGCUUGAGGGGACGCUUAUCGAGGAAAGAAGGGGUCAGAGAGAGAAGGGAGGGGAGGGGGCAGGGAGGAUCGCGAUGGCCAUGCUACCUGACCUUGGACGUGCGAAAGGAAUGGAGGGAGGACGAGGAGGAGGUGAGGAGAGGGAUCUAGGAGAUGGAAGAGUGAAGGUAGGAAGAGUAGUCAUAGGAAGAGGAAGAGGAGGAGGAGGAGGGAGAAGAGUAGUAGGGAGGUGUUGUGGGUGUGGCGCUGAGGUGUUUGAGAGAUGCAGAAGGGAGGAGGAAGAUGGACAAUCGUUUCGACCGUUGAAGGUGUAUUUCGAUCCUAUGUUCCGGAUGUUAAUCCUUGUGAAUCUGGCCGCAAUCAUGGAAAGAGGGGACGAGUCUAUGCUUCCAGCAGUGUUCAAUGAACUUCAAAUCAGGUUUCACGCGUCGCCGACUGCGCUUGCCACCUUGACCCUGCUUAGGGCGCUAGUGCAAGCGUUAUUUUCACCUGUAGCCGCUCACCUAUCAUCUCGAUAUAAUCGUACGCACGUCAUCACGGGCGGGAUCAUCUGCUGGGCGAUGGCAACCUUUGGGGUCGGGGCGAGCGUCUCCUUCUCGCAGGUUGCGACUGCAAGAGCGCUGAACGGCAUAGGAUUAGCUCUGGUGAUUCCAUCUAUUCAAUCGAUAAUUGCGGACUCUUACCCAGCUGGCAGAAGGGGAUGGGGGUUCGGCGUGUAUCAGAUGUUAGGCUUUGUCGGUGGGAUAUCCGGGGCAGUGUUUGCUACGUUGAUGGCAGACAGCCUAAUCCUCGGGGUUGCAGGGUGGAGGAUGGCGUUCUUCGUGAUGGCUCUUGCAAGUGGGGUGCUAGCACUCUCCAUGUACUUGGGUGGAAAGGAUCCCCGUGAUAUCAGUCUGCACUGUGCCAUCUGCUCUGCUGGGGAUGGUCGAGAAAUGGAGAUGCGUCCUCUGGCACUUGAAGAGAUGAUGAGUGAUGGAUCUCGGGCAAGCAGUGAGCUAACUGUGAUUCGCCAUGACGAUGUCAAGGAGAUGGAGACGGCAAUGGACGGACUACAGAAAACGUGGAGGGAUGUGCAGUGUGUACUUCGAGUCCCCACCUUCCAGGUCAUUGUUGCCCAAGGUGUGAUUGGAUCAUUUCCGAUAUCGGCUAUGGUAUUCCUGACCUGGUAUUUCGAGUUAAUGGGGUUUUCCCAUGAAAAGGUCGCUGUUCUUAUGCUGGCAGGUGGAGUCGGUGCGUCGAUUGGAUCAGUGUUUGGAGGAUGGGUAGGGGAUCGCAUGAGUCAGAUUUAUCCAGACUCUGGCCGAGUAAUGUGCGCCCAAUUUUGCACAGGUAUGAGUGCCCCGUUGAGUGUCCUUUUGCUUCAAGGGCUCCCUCGCAAUCCACAUAAGUUGGGAAUCUACACCUGCGUAAUGUUUUUGUCAGGCCUUUUGAUGUCGUGGAAUGCGACAGCGACAAAUAAUCCCAUUUUCGCAGAGGUCGUGCCCGAGAGAUUGCGCACGACUAUGUAUGCGUAUGACCGCGCAUUUGAAGUUUCCUUCGCCGCUUUUGGCGCACCGACGGCAGGGUUCCUCUCCCAACACCUCUUCGGUUUCCAGGUCAACCGAGUGCAGAAGCAUGGAAAGGGCCCUGGUGCAGCCAUGAGCAAUGUUGAGAGACAGGCAAACGCUGCGGCAUUGUCUAAGGGCUUGGUCGUAUGCUUGGUGAUCCCAUACACGAUAUGCUGCAUGGUGUACUCGCUUCUGUAUCGAACUUAUCCGGUCGAUCGUGACCGUGUGCUCAAUGAGACGUCAUCGCAGUGUGGCGCUGAUGAAGGCGGCACCCCCUGCGGAGGAGUUGAUUUCCAGGGCAAGGAGGGAUUGUUCACAAGGAAUGGAGAUAUGCUGACGAGAGAAAAGCUAGACGAGAGUGACUUGGAUGGGUAUUUUGGUGGGCGCUAUGACAGCGAUGCGUUAUGGCAUCUGAGGUCGAUUGAGAGAACCAGGGAGGAGCUGAAACUUUUCGCUGUUGAGGGAUGCAGACAAUGACUGACCGCUGGCAAACUAGCGCGUAGUAAGAGGAUGACGAGAGGAGGAGGGGGGGGGGGGGGACCACAAGGGUAAGGAAGCAGAUGAGGUGGAGGAAGCAAGAGUAGGUGGUUCUUCAGAGCUGGGCCUCGAGGGGAAGGAAGUGACUGAGACAAGAAUUUUCUUCUUUCUGGGUCUCCUUGGUUGUCAAAUCAGAGCUUCGCAGCAAAGUCGAUGAUGCUCCUAUCAGGCUGCAGCAUUCGGAUUGGAGGGUUGAGAUAUGGGAAGGAUCCUUGGUUGAGGGGGUUGUAUUCAGUUUGUGUUCACCGUUUAUCUUUUCCCAAGUAUGAUGUGUUUUCGUAUGCUGUCGUGUUGGUUUUCUAGGAAGUUGUUUCUGCUAUUGAGAUACUCGGUCGAUUGCAUCUAUGCUGCGCCUUAUUUGUCACGAUGCCUCCGUCAGAAUGCACCUGGUCAUACUAAUCGUGGAACAACUGAUGGUUCGCACGUUCAGGUGCAGUCUGAAAGGCGAAGUGUACAGGAAGGCAAUGGAGAAAAUAACCUGCGGCAAUAACCCAUGCAGUUUUCAGUCUGAGAAAUCUGCGUUUGUCGAGGAAGUCUGUGCCUUUGCUGCGUUUUCCAGUGAGAUCUCCGAGUCUGCUGUGCUUGGAUUGCCCGUGCUGAAACUCGGCGUCUUUUUUUUGUAAUUAUUGAAGUUGUGGUGGGUAUAUCAGUAUGCCGCGGUACCAACCCUCGUGUCGUGAUGUUGAUCUGUGUUCCAGGAGGGACAUUUCUGUAAAGUUGGGAACUUGAAGGAACAGGACAGAAAUUUAGUUGAAUAGAAGGGGAUGGAUGGGCAAUGUUUGGACGAGAAGGGACAAAAGGGUCAAUUUUGAUAGACCAGGAGGAUUUUCCAGCAAGCCUGGUAGAUCUGGUAGGCCCUGAUGUCCAGUAGGCGUAGUUCCUGGCCAUCAUUACGAUGCUAAAUGUACCCAGCCUACACAUGCACAUACGUGUCCGGUCAUGGGGUAGGAUUGCAAUCUGCGCGUAGCUAAAUUAGCUAGCAGGUUUCCUGCCCUUUUAGAGGUCUGCUAGGUUCUAGAGAUUGCCCGGGUAGGCAGGCAGGCAGCUUUGCCACUGGAUCUAUAGUCCAGCUCUGCAACGGACGAGGCAGCGCAUCAGGUCGGGUGAUUUGCUGGUUGGCAUAGCGGACAUCGCACCACCCGUACUGAGGGAGGCAUCAUUAUGCUUCUCGUAUUGAGGGAGACAUUAUGCUGCUUGUAUUGAGGGAGACAUUAUGCUCCCUGCUUGGAGUUUACGUUGGAGAUGCGGACCUCCGUGGCUGGCGGGAGAGGAUGGAGAACGUAUGCCUCUUGUGGUCGGGCCUGCAGCCUACAUUGGGCCUGAGGGUGAUGUAGGGGUCUUCGGCGGACUUGGAGGGAGUAGAGAGAGCGUGCCAGUUGGGAACUCGCCUGCGGCUAUAGCGGAGUCCAGCUCUCAUCGUCCUUGUAUGGCACUGCAUCGUGGAUGGCUGCUGAGGCGCUAGGAGGACUGGUUUUCAUCUGGGUGUAUGGUGCCACCAUUUCGAUGGAGGGAGGAGGAAGGAUUAUGUUGUGUUGUUCUUUGCUUGCUAAUGAAGUGGUAUCCAUUCG